AUGACAACGCUAAGGUCAAGGCGGCGACGAAUGAACGUGGUUCUUGCCCUGUUGCUCACUUCAACAUACACAUCAUCAGCAUUGUCUCCCUCUUCAGAAUCACCAAAGCGGUCAAGACGAAUAAGUGAAUCAUCAACGUCGAUAAGUCAACCAACAAGCUCACGACUAUCUUCAACCGCAGCAGCAGCUCAAGACGGAGAAGGCCAAGCCGGUCGUCAAUCAUCGCGGUAUGUUGCCCCCAGUGCACCACUUGUAGAUUCCGCAUUAUUGCGAUUUGUAUCCGCUGAAAAGAAAAAGAGGGAAGCGAUCAGCACUAGUCUUGAAAAGGCGAGCUUAUCCUCCAUCUAUGGUGGAGCGGACGAGGAUGAUUUGGGACCACCAGCAACGGCAAUGCCAGAAGAAACGGGAGACGAGAAUGCAGUGGCAUCUGCAGAGCUCCCAUCCAAUUCAGUGGAGGAACCAUGGAUGGCCCAAUACAAUCGCAACCGAAUAGCUAGGGUAUUGGAAUCGCUGGGAGUGGAAAAAGAGCUUUCGAUGCAAGCAGGUGACAAGGUUCAGGAAUACAUACUAAUCAGAAUGACAAGGAGAAGGGUGAGAGCAUUCUUAAAGGAACGAGCCUCGCGGUGGUCGGCUUCGUACAACAACAAUGAAAAUACUGAAAACAACAACAAUAACGCAUCCACGACCGCCUGGAAUGAGGUUCGAAUACCGUCAAUAGAACCAGUUCGUCUAAACUAUGGAUUUGAUGAUGUGCUGGAAGUCUUUCAGGAAUAUGGAUUCACAGGGAACGAUGUUUGUUCGAUUUUGACACACAGUCCAAGUUUGGCUUUGAUGAUGCCCAGACCAUCCUUUGCAGAUGAAUCAGAAGCCCUGGAAGGCGGAACCCUAUGUCAAUCUCUGGACCGGGCCUUUCGGGGAACCCUCAUGAAAACCUUGGGUCUCCGAAAAUACGAUGCUCGCAAAGUAUUGCGAGACUGCCCUGGGCUUUUGACCGCCAAGGGUUCCAAACAGGCAGAGCAAAUUGUUUCCAUGAUGGCGGCGUUGGGGGUUUCCAACUCGGCCAUUGCCCGUGAUAAGGCUGGCCUGCCUUCCCUAUUGUCAAGAUCGCCAUCUGAUAUGUUUCGUCUGAUUUCCUUUUUGAGUAGUGGUCAGAUCCGCAUGAAGCCCAAUGCGAUUGGUCCCUUGUUGCGCAAACGGUCGAGCUUGGAACUCUUGGAUUUGGUGGCACCCGUCACAGGUUCCGUCCAAGGCAAGACCCGAGACGAGCAACGAAAGAUGACGGACGAAGUCUAUCGGAAAAUGUCAGAAACCGUUAGACUCAUCAAGGACGAAAUUGGAACCAGGGAUAUGGGCAAGGUCAUCUCUGCCUUUCCACCAGUGCUACUUUUGGACGCGGAGGAGCAGAUUUUGCCAGUGACGGACUUUCUGAUGGACUAUCUGGAGAUUGAUCGGGAAGAAAUUGCUAGUGUCAUGCAGCUAUAUCCCGUAUUGCUCAGCAAAAACGUUGACGAAAUGAGGUGGACAGUGGCAUACGUCUUGUCAUUGGGUGUGGAUCGGGAUGACAUUGGAAGCAUCUUUCGUGCAUUCCCAUCUCUUUUGACAACAGAUGUUGAGGAGAGUAUGGAACCAGUGGUGGACUAUCUUCAUUCUAUUGGGGUGACGAAUAUUGGAGCCUUUGUGACCAAACUUCCUCCAGUUCUGACAUAUUCCGUGGAAAAGGAUUUGAAACCGAAAUGGAAUUACUUUCAACGAGUGUCUCUGAAACCAAGCUUCGAAUUGGAAGAGUUCCCCGCUUAUUUCUCCUACCCACUUGAUCGAAGAAUCAAGACACGCUAUGAUUAUUUGGCGUUCAAGGGCAUUUCCAAACAGUUGAUCCCUGUGGCAAAAGUUCUUCGAUUCGGAGAUGUUGACUUUGCCAACACGGUAGCCAGAGAUGAUGAUGGCGGUGAAGAAUUUCGAGAAUUCUGUGAACGUCAUUGGAAGGGUCAAGCGAUUCCAGUAAGAAAGCAGCGACCGAAACCAAACGCUAGACGCACUGGAUUUUCCAAGGAGGAAUUGAGACGUCGGAAAAAGAAGCAACUGGAGAAGGUACAGAAACAACAACAGCAGCAGCAAGAGGAGUCGUCUUCUCAACAAUGA